AUGUUAGAAGAUGAGUCUUCCUCAACAUUCUUUAAUGUUACUAAUGCAAAACGUCAUCUUGAAGACACUUUAGCAUAUCAGAGAAGCAAAGGUUCUUAUGUUCUCAGCCAUUAUGACUUGCAUCCUGAUUUACAUUCCCCAGAGCAGAACCCCCCAAGUGAUCGUUGGGAUGACCCAGAGGUGUAUGAUCCUUCGAUAUGGGCCCCUAUAUUUGAGUCAGAUGAGGAUGAAGAAGAAGAUGACUAUGAUAUAGAAGAAGACGAAAAAGACGACGAGGAUUUUUGAAUUUGCAUUUUUCAAUAAGAAGUGAUCAGAUUCAUCCAGAUAAGUAUUAUGUUGUUGAUGCUGGAUAUACGAACAUGCCUGGAUUUUUGU